UCGUCCCGUCACGUAGGCUAUAAGUGUACGUCAUUCUCAGGAUUGUGACGAUACCAGCGCACAGGGUUGACCCAAGGUUCGAAGGUCGACCCGCAAACUCGCAAACUCGCAAACUCGCAAAUUGCAACUGUUCACUACUAUUACGGGGUACGUAAUGAAGGCAACGCAAAAGGCAGGGCCGGUUCCCAAGGAGUUCCCGAGCGUGCAGUUUCUGUACAGCUCCAGCCCGGAUGGCGUAGAUACAAACUUACUCGUCCUGCUGCACGGUCUUGGAGAUCAGCCAGCCAAUUUCAUGCAGUUUGGGAAAAAGAUGCAGUUGCCUCAGACAGCGUUGUUGGCCAUCAAAGGGCCUUCGCCCAUACCGUUCUUCGAGGGUACAGGGUGGGCACCGGCGUUUGAUCAGGAAGGGAAUGAAAUCCCUCCAUCGGACCGAGCCGUACGCGACGGCAUCAAGAAAACUCGCGGAUUGUUAGCUACUUUUCUGGAAGAAGCGAUCCUUACUGGGCAAUCGACAUCCAGAAAUCGUUGGCACGCGAAAAAUGUCUUCCUUCUUGGAUUUUCGCAGGGGGGCGCUGCCGCAGUAGAUUUGGCGCUGCUCAACGGGUCCGUUGUUCUUGGAGGUGUGGUCAGCAUCUCCGGGUUGCCUUCGCCAGAAUCAUACCCGCACCAGAAUACGUUGAAGCCGAAUUUGGGGUUGAAGAUUCUCGUUACCCAUGGGAGUGCAGAUGAAACCUUGCCGAAAUCUGAAUGGAAAGCGCGGGCCGCUUUCGUGCGAAAUCUCGUCGGGACAAAUGGAGAGCUCAAAGUUCAUGAGGUUGCGGGGAAGGGACAUGGGAUGCCGACAACUGAAACGGAGAUGCGAGAAAUCAUGAAAUUCUUUGGUGCAAAUCUCGGUUUGCGGAAUCUAGCAUUGGAAGCCAUGUCGGAUGUGUAUGAGGUUAAAUAAGGGGAGUCAUAAAGACACAAUCGUAUCGGCAAAGAAAGUCUCAGGAAAUAUUCAUCGUAACUGUACCCCAAUACCCAAACAUAAAGGAAAACCAUCUACAAAGUCAAUUGUGUUUAUAAGGUGGGAAACA